CAAGAAAACAGUGUCGGAUGAGAAGCGGAUCAGCUGACAGAUGUAAACAAUCCCCUUGUAAACAAAGAGUCUUCCACCCUGAUUUCUUCUUUUUUCUUCUUCUCCAUCAUGGCCGGGAGAGCACUCAAGAGACUGAUGACUGAAUAUAAACAGUUGACACUAAAUCCACCAGAAGGCAUUAUUGCAGGUCCUACAAAUGAAGAAAACUUUUUUGAAUGGGAAGCACUUAUCAUGGGUCCUGAGGGAACAUGCUUCGAAUGUGGAGUGUUUCCAGCCAAACUGAUCUUUCCUCCUGACUACCCACUAUCUCCUCCCAAGAUGCAGUUUACUUGUGAGAUGUUUCACCCAAAUAUUUACCCAGAUGGCAGAGUAUGUAUCUCAAUUCUUCAUGCUCCUGGUGAUGAUCCCAUGGGUUAUGAAUCCAGUGCAGAGAGAUGGAGUCCAGUGCAAAGUGUUGAGAAAAUCCUGCUCUCCGUUGUAUCCAUGCUGGCAGAACCCAAUGAUGAAAGCAGUGCGAAUGUGGAUGCAGCAAAGAUGUGGCGAGAUGAUAGGGACCAGUUCAACAGGAUAGCCGAGAGAUUGGUCCGCAAGACUCUGAAUUUGCCCUACCCGUAGUAGAAGGUGACCAUUAAUAUUAGAGAUUACAUAGAGAGAGAAAAAUAUAUGGAUAUUAUUUUGUUGAAAAUGAGGAGAAUGGACUGUUUACUGUUUGUUAUCGAGGUUUGGUGAUCAGAGAUAUUUUAGAUAUUGUGUCUAAAAGAUCAUUUGUCCUUUCUUUCUCAUUGUCAGACUUUUUUAUACGUUCCCUUUCUUAAAUAUUAUGUGGCCAAAGCCUUCAGCAAUAAGUAGCUGGUUAGAAUUGUAACAAUUAUUAAGAAUAUUCAAAGAUUUUCCUAAAUAUUUGUAUGAAAUGAUUUUAUCUCUUCCUUGAAACUCUUUAGAGAAAAAAUUGAUAGUGCUUUAGAGUAAGUUUAUGUUAGGGAUUAUUUAUAGCUAGGUUUAAUUUCAGACCAGUGAAAAUAUUCUUGUGGAGGCCUGUACUGGACUACAAAUAUUGUUAUAUAUUAUAAAUUCCCUCAAGUGAGUGGUUAUUGAAGAUAAUUUUUUUGAAGUCAAGGCUUUAUGUUAUUACUUGUAAUAAAUGUUAUAAUUCAGUGGAAAAGAUCAUUUAAUAACCUCUGUGAGCAGAUAAGUAUUUGAAGAUGUAUGCUAGCUUAAUCUAGCAUAAAAUGCCAUCAAAAAUAUUUUGGCUUAAAGCAGGGGUGACGGGAAUGACUUGUUACAAGAUUACAAGGCUCUUGGACAGUCAUUAUACUUGGUGGGCAUUUAGAAGGGACUCUUGUAUUUAUUUCCAACAGUAAACCAGUGUGGCAUGUACCAUAUGUGAGCCAUGACUGACUGAAUGCUGGCUACAGGGAGGAUACUAUUUUCGUGCUUGGGAUCCUAUUUCUGCCUGUGACUGUGGGUCAGGGUGUAUUACAGAAAACCAAAUAUAUGAAAAUAUAAAAAAAAAUACACAAAUAACAAAAUAUUGCUUAUUAUUAUUGAAUAUUGCAGAAAAGUUAUCAUCUUGAUACAGUAUAUCAAAUAACCAAUACUAACCUUGGAAAAUGGCAAAAUACAAAACAAAACACACAUGCAGAAAAAGAGAUAACAACAUUGCAGAGGAGAGGCAAGGAGUCUUAACAUCACACAUGAGUGUUUGUGUACGCCCAGCAUUCCAGUCAUACCCAAUCAGUCAAAAUAUUCUAUAGGAUUUUUUAAGAUUUAACAAAGAAGAAAGCAAUGGAGAAACAUUUAUUAUUGUUUUAAUGUUCUGGACAUACUUCACAGGGUGUUCAAUGAAAAGCUGAUAAUAAAUUACUAUUACUGAAGUACUAAAGUUAACAGGUAAGAAAAAUUGUCUACUACUUUGUUUACUUCCAUAUAAACCACUUUAUGUUUUGAACGAGGUAUGAAUCAAAGAAACCAUCUUUUUUAUCUAUUUUUAUUAAUGGUCAAAUCAAUUGAUAUGCAGAAAGUAAUAACCAUCUAUGAACAGUUGAACAUAGUGACAAGAGAUUUGGCAAUGAAAAAAAUGCUAAAAAUCAUUAAAAAAUCUGUUUAACAUUAUUCAUAAUGGUAAAAAAAGGCCAAAAUGAGUGGCAUAAUCAUUCUCUUUCAUGUCACUGUUACAUUACUAUUUAUCCAUGCUACUGUAGGUGAUUAAUUUCAAUAAAAAUAAACUGAAGUUGCAUAUUUCUUUUUCUCUCCACUUUCUUCUAAUGGUUGAUGGGAAAUGUUCAACUAUUACAUUUACUGGUCUAAAGAUUCAUUGUGGCUAUAGUAUUCUGCAGUAUAUUACAAACAAUAACUGGAAUAAUUUUCAGUACAUUACUACCUUUUCAACUGUUACCAACAACAUCACAGAAAGUACAAUAAGUGGUAAAGAACAGGAACCCUUUCACAGAAUUUUGAUGGCUUACUACAGGUGAUGUUCAAAUAUUCUUAGUUCUGAUCUUCAAUGCAAAAUAGGAUUUCCAAUGCCAUGUAGCAAAAGUGUAUAUGAAACAGACAAAAGCUAAAAAAUAUAUCGUAAAUGCAUCAGUAUAUUGUGGUUUGAUGAAGAAGUUCAUGAAAAAAGGAUAAAGUAUGCCUUAUAUUUAUGCAUUACCCAUACACUGUAAGCCUGAUGCACUUCUAUAAUUAAAUACAUUGAUAAAAAGAUUUUUUUUUCUGUUUUACAUCAUUCAGCUUUUUUCUUCCAUAAAGUGAACUAUCUGACAAUUUCACUUGUAAAUACCUGCACUAACAAACUACAUUCUCUAUACAUACUUUCAGUGUCAGAAUUUAGUAGUAUUAAUGUUCAGCCAUAUAAUGCAAGCUAUUACUGAUGAUAAACUGCCUUCUGUCACUGGGAAGAAACUCUAACUAGAAAAGAAGUAGGCACUUUUAUUAUCAAAUAUUUAUAACUAAGCACAUAUACAGCAUCAAGAAAAGAUUAAUAUUUGCACUUGAAUGCUUUGGAAAGUUGAACAAGAGUGUAUGUCCAGGGGGUGGGGGGGAAGAAAAAAAAAAAAAAAAAAAAAAAAAAAA